AUCCCUACUGUCCAGCAUGGUACUCACCUGGUUUCACAUGGUUUCACUAAGAAAUAGUGUGAUUUAAGUGAUAUCAGCCUCGUAUCUACUAAGAAUCAUGGCGGUUGGAGAUAGCCAUCAUUUAGAAAAUGACAGUCGGUUUCAGCUAGAUGAAAGAUUCCAUGAAGAAUUUUCGGCAAAGCAGAAGAAGAAAAGAAAGUUACAACCAGAAUCCGGCAAUACAAAGAAAAGAACUUCAAGUUUUGAGAACCAGCUCAUAGUUCGAUAUGACCCCACAAUCCCUGAACACAAGAAGUAUGAGCUCAAAUCUGGCCAAGAUCGGAAACCCACAGCAACUAAAAAGUCGGAGAGGAAAAAGAAGAAAAAAGAAAAAUUGAACAGAGUGGAGGCCGCUCCACAACCAGUUUCCGCUCAAACUUUUGUAAAAAUAUCAGAUGAUUUGAAAGGUUACUUUCAGAACAAGGAGAAGAAAAAUGAAGGUUUUAGUAUUUUGAAAAUGAUAGAAGAGGAUAAGUCUUCUGAAAGUGAUGAAUCUGAAAAGGAUGAAUCAGUAAAAGCACAAACAUCAGAAGAGCAACAUUCAUCUGUUGAGAAAAAAAUGGAAUCUAAAGCAGAAGUCCUACAUAUUGAACGGAUGGACUUGGACAAAGGAACCAAGAAAUCUUACAACGAAACUGAGCCACUAUUAUCAGCCUCAGUUGAUAGGCGAGAGUACUUCAAUCCAAAGAAAGGAAAAAUUUUCUGUCCUGAAAACGGUGUAUGGUAUGAUACCCUGUUUCCAAGAAAAGGUGACGUUCGUUUGGAAGAAGGUAUACGGUGGUUAAAUACAAAACCAAAACUACCUGAAAACUGGUCCAAGUUUAGAAGGGAGCUAUACUUUGAUGCUCUGCAAAAACAGCAGAAGAGUUUCAAGAAGUUGAAUUCCAUGAAAAAUCCGCACCAACAACGUAGAGAAAAUCAAUUGAACAAGGCUCGCAAGUACAUCCAUCGAAGCAUUAAGAUGAAGAAAGGAAAGUAAUCAUUCCUCUUCAUUAAUUAAUUUUAAUGAAUAUUUGUGUCUCUUGUUUUUUUUUUGUUUGUAAGUAUGUACAUUAUAUAAGUAUGUAUAUAAAAAAAAA